AUGGCUUCAUUCUUUUGGCCGUCGUCUACUUCCGUCGUGCCUCCUCCGCGGAAGAAAGUCGAAGAGAUGAGCAACUGGUCGGAGCUUCCGCCGGAGUUAACGUUUUCCAUCAUGCUCCGUCUUGACAAGAUUGAGAUACUUGAAAACGCUCAGAAAGUGUGCACGUCGUGGAGGCGCGUCUCUAAGGAACCAUCGUUGUGGCGGAAAAUCGACCUGAGAAACCCUAAUUGGAUGGAUUAUGACAUCGAGGCCAUUUGCCGGCACGCCGUUGAUCGCAGCGAAGGCGGCUUGGUCGAAAUCAUGUUAACGAACUUCGUCACCGAUUCUCUCCUCACCUACAUCGCCGACAGGUCAAGUAAACUCAGAAGCCUUAGCCUUGUAAUAAGCUCUUUGUUGACAGACGAGGGAUUUGUCACAGCAGUUGCAAAACUUCCAUUGCUUGAAGAACUUAAACUCGAGCCGUAUGAGCGUGAUGGUGAUGAUGAUGCAUUAGCAAUUGCUGAAAGCAUGCCUCAACUACGUCACCUCCAGCUUAUUUGGAAUAAACUAACUGAUACCGGCUUAAAAGCCAUUCUUGACAAGUGUCCUCACCUGGAACACCUUGAUUUACGCAAGUGUUCGAAGAUUAAGCUCUCUGGUGAUUUGGAGGUGCGAUGCUUGAAGAUGCUCAAAGUUUUUAGACGCCCUGAGGACUCAACCGCUGCUUUCUGA